GGAUAGAAUUUUUCCAAAUAUUGAACCUUCUGAUCUUCUAUCUCCUCCUGCAGACUCUGUGAGGCUGAUGGGUGGGACUCACCUGUGUUCAGGUAGACUGCAGGUGAAGUGGAACCAGGUGUGGUCCUCAGUGUGUUCAGAUGGAUUUGACCUGCAGGAUGCUGAGGUGGUCUGCAGGGAGCUCGGCUGUGGUUCUCCUUCAGUGUUUGAGGGGGAACUGUAUGGAGAAGCUCCAGAGUGGAGCACAGAGUUCCUGUGUGGAGGCCAUGAGUCUGGUUUGCUGCACUGUGACCACUCAGAUAGAGACACCUGCUCAACUGGCACCACCAUCACACUCACCUGCUCAGCUCCAGACCAUGUGAGGCUGGUGGGAAACAGCAGCACCUGUGCAGGUGAGCUGCAGAUGAAGGUCCAGGGAGAGUGGAGGCCCGUGGUGGACCAAGACUGGGACCGGAACCAGAACCGGACAUCAGCAGCAGCAGCAGUGUGUUCUCAGCUCGGAUGUGGUUCUGCCGUGGCUAUAAAUGUAGAGGACUUUGAAUUGGACCGGCCCGUGUGGUUGAUCAAGUCCUCCUGCUUCCAGUCGGCUGUUUCCCUCCUGGACUGUCUGGUUCUGGACGAUGUGACUGAAGACUUCCUGAGUCUGCAGGUGAUCUGCUCAGAUCUGCUGGUUCAACCAAACAUCUCCGUGUCUCCGUCCCAUGAUGAAGUCCAGCAGCAGAAGGUUAAGGUCCUCAUGGGCUCCAACUUCAGCAUCAUCUGCUCCACCAGGCCUCAGUAUCCAGGAGGUUCCUUCCAGCUCGUCUUCACCUCCUCCAGCACAACGUUCAACUACGUCCUUCCAACUGUCACACAUUGGGCCGUUUUCCUGUUUCCUGCUGCAGAAGACCUCCACAGAGGGACGUACACCUGUAUUUACCACCUCAACGUUUUCUCCUAUAACUUCUCCUCCACCAGCCAGUCCAUCUAUCUCAUCCCCUCAGCUCCUCUGAUGGAUUUGAUCAUCAGACUUAUCGUCCACCUGUUGGUGAUGGUUCUUCUCGUCACUGUCACCUGCUUCUACUCUGGAAAACUGUACGUAUAAUAUAUGUUUAAUAUAAAAAGAAAACACUACGUCUAAUAAAUCCAUCCAUCCAUCGACUUCCGCUUAUCCGGGGCCGGGUCGCGGAGGCAGCAGGCGAAGUAGGUCACUCCAGAUGUCCCUUCCCCCAGCGACGCUUUCCAGCUCUUCCUUGGGGAUCCUGAGGCUUUCCCAGGCCAGACGAGAUAUAUAAUUCCUCCAGAGGGUCCUGGGUCUGCCCCGGGGUCUCCUCCCAGGCGGACGUGUUCGGAAAACCUCCAAAGGAAGUCUCCCUGGAGGAUCUGAAUCAGAUGUCCAAACCACCUCAGCUGGUCCCUUUAGAGGUGAAGAAUCAGCAGCUCUGCUCCGAGCUCCCUCUGGAUGUCUGAGCUUCUCCCUCUAUCUCUAAGGAUGAGCCCAGACACCCUACGGAGGAAGCUCAUUUCAGACGCUUGUAUCCACGAUCUCAUUCUUUGGGUUACUACCCAGAGCUCAUGACCAUAGGCGAGGGUUGGAACGUAGAUGGAUGGUAAACUGAGACCUUCUCCUUGAGGCUCAGCUCCCUCUUCACUAAGACGGUUCGGUACAACGCCUUCAUUACUGCUGACGCUGCACCAAUCCUCCUGUCUAUCUCACGCUCCAUUUUCCCAUCACUUAUGAACAAGAUCCCAAGAUACUUGAACUCCUUCGCUUGGGGAAGCAACCAUACUCCCUCAGUACCCCAUACUCCCUCAGUACCCCAUACUCCCUUCGUACCCCCCACAGAGCCCCUUGGGGGACACGGUCGUAGACCUCGAUCAGAUCCACAAAACACAUGUAGACUGGCAGGUCGAACUCCCAUGACCUCCUCAGCAGCUCCGCAAGAGUAAAGAUCUGAUCCACUGUUACACGACCGGGACGGAAUCCGCAUUGCUCCUCCUGAAUCCAAGGUUCGACAAUCAGUUGGAGCCUCUGUUCCAGCACCCUAGAGUAAACUUUCCUGGGGAGGCUGAGAAGUGUGAUACCCCGGUAGCUGGAGCACACUAUCCGGUCCCCCUUUUUGGAAAUGGAGACCACCACCCCGGUCUGCCACUCCACAGGUACCAUACCUGAUGCCCACACGACACUGUAGAGACAUGUCAGCCACAAGACAGUCCAACAAUGUCCAGAGCCUUCAGCAUCUCAGGGCGAAUCUCGUCCACACCUGGCGCCUUUCCACCAAGGAGCUUCUUAACUACCUCGGCGACCUCUGCCACGGAUAUGGGUGAAGAUUCCCCCCGAGUCUU